AUCAGACAGCCAUUCUAAUUUCAGAAAAAAGGGCCAGAGAAGUACCACAUCGUGAAGAAAAGAAGAGAUAGACUUAAAGGAGCAUCAAAUCCCUAGCUGUAACAUCGGAAUCCAGGACAUUCUAAUUCAAGAUGACCAAUCUAUUACUCUGGAUGAUUUCUGUUACCACUAUUGCUACUGCUUCUGGUCUCACCAUUGACGUAGACGGUCCGAUCAGUGGUCCGUGUUCUCUAUGUCCAGAAGGAGCUCCCGGUCCCCGUGGACCACCUGGAGACAUUGGCCUGCCGGGAAGAGACGGUCGUGAUGGGAGGGACGCUUCGUGUAAUAGCCAACUAUCAGGAAUGCCGAGUCCUGUAGACCAAACGAACGAUGGUAGCAGUGAAAACACGAGUGGUGGUAAUACAGUAAUCAAUGUCAAUAGUAGUGGAGCUGUGUAUAUAAGAUGGGGUAGAGAUGUUUGUGUUGAUGGAUCAGAACUGGUUUAUGCUGGUACUGCAGCAGGAGCUCACUACCAACAUACUGGAAGUGGUUCUAACUAUCUGUGUAUGCCACCUGACCCAAUUUAUGAUGAACAUCAGUCUGGUGGAAGUCGUGGUCUGCUGUACUCUGCCGAAUAUGAGACCAGCAACGCCAUCGGUCGUCUCCAAGGUAUCCACGACCACACACCAAAAUGUGCAGUCUGUAGGGCGCCCUCAGGACGAUCUACCAAAUUGAUGAUCCCUGCGCGGAACGAGUGCCCUUCUGACGAGUGGCGCCUGGAGUACAGUGGUUACCUCAUGUCAGCCUAUCAUGGCCACAAACGUACUGAGUUCGUUUGUUUCGAUCAUGACAUGGAAGCAGAGCCUAGUACAGCUGGAAACGAAAAUGGGGCUCUCUUCUACAUGGUAACAGCGGCAUGUGUGGCCGGAAGUGGUCUUCCUUGUGGACCCUAUAUUGACGGUCAGGAACUCACUUGCGCUUUGUGUACGAUUUAGAAAUUGUUUAGAUCGAGUGAUAAUAUAGUGCGUACGUUGAAUUAUAUC